ACUUGAGAUUGAAAACAGUACAAGUGCACCUCCUCAAGGACAAAUGGCAGUAAACGGCAGACUAUUUGGUACAGCGCCGAUCGCCAAGCCUACACGUACGAUGCGCAUUUCGUCUCUCCUUUUAAUGUUGGGGACCUUCUUCUCCCUUGCCCUUAUCUCCAGGUAUCAGGGCAUGAUAACGAUGCCAUUAAAGCAAAACGACUGCGAGGGAGACCUUCGUCGUCUGACAGUGGGCAGCGAUCUAAACAGCGUCUGUAUGGAACACCCAGAAGCGAGUGGAUCCGCGAGGAAGAGAAGCGAUCAUUUCGACGAGAUUGAUGCGACUUUGGGAGAGAUGGGGAAGACUUUGAACAGCAAUAAUAAGACUUUAAGGGAGAUGGGUGAGACUUUGAAGAACUCUAGUAAGACUCUGGAAGAUACUGAUGAAGAUCUGGGAAAGAAGGAUAGGCCUUCGAGAAAAAACGAUGAGACUUUUAGGAACAGUGGUAUGCCUCUGGGGCAGACUGAGAACACUUUGAAAGAGAUUGAUGAGACUUUAAAACAAAUUGAUGAGGGGUCAGAAGAGACUCGAAAAAUUUUCGUUGAGAAUGAAAACACUCAGAACAACGUUAAAUUAAGAGACGCACACAUGCUCCUGGCGGACCCUAGAGCCAAUGCCACCACAGGGCCCUUCGCGUCUCUGAAUCUACGACGCCAGUGGCACCUGCAGAAAGGAUGCCAAGGACUGAAUGCUGAACCGUGGUAUAGGAUGGACUAUACCCAAUGGUCACAGGUCUUGGACGUCUGUGUUCCUCCCAAGUGUGGGUCAUCCUCCUGGCGCAGACUGUUACCAGAACUCUCCUCUAAGUGGUCAGCAGGUCAGCGGGGAGUCAGCAUCGUCAGCGUGAGGCAUCCCUUAUCUCGUCUCGUAUCUGCAUAUAGGGACAAGUAUCUAGAUGGCGCUCCGAUCUCGGCCUACGACUCGGAGUGGAAAGCGGCCACGAGCAGCGGGCAGACGUGGGAGACUCGCUGGGGUUUCUUCUGGCUUCCUGCACUUGUGUCCAGAGGCGACAUCAAACCCUCUCUUUGGUUUUCAGAAAGGUUCGAGAGCAUGAAGAACGUGUCCAACCCGUGCAAGCUUUCACUGCUCUUCAACACCGGCAGCCUAGGAGAAGCACUGGAGCCUUAUAAAGAAAAUGAGGAACGUUAUAAAGAUAAUUUCUAUAACGCCUCCUUCAGCUUUCAGGAUUUCCUUCACCACGUUCUAUGGUCUCGAGACCACGGGAUUCUUGACCGACACUGGACGCCCCAGACCUGCAUAUGCAACCCAUGUGGGGAAAAAUACAACUACAUACUGCACAUGGAGAACAUAAGCCAGGAGGCCAGACACGUAUUUAAUGACUUAGGAAUGGACCCGACCGUAAACAUCGGGAGUUUCCACACUACCUCAACAAGUACUCGGGUUUCUGACGAAGCCUACUUUGGCAGCGUUGCAAAAGAAACUAUGGCCGAAAUUCGACAACUGUUCAGACAGGAUUUUGAUCUUUUUGGAUAUACGUAA